CACAAACCGCGAUUCCUGGAAUUCACUUGUAGUCACGCCAAGGUUUUUCGCCAUGCUAUACUCGUGACUAAGGCUGUUAUUCCGAACGCUUUCUGGGGAUGCGAGAAGAAUUUUGAGGUUUUUCAGGGCUGUAUGUGUGUUUAUCUCUCACACGCUUAA